AUGGUGAGCGCUGACGCCGUGUGCGACCUUCAGGCGCCAAACGCCGAGGCCGGUGCCAAGCUUGCACAGUCAGAGGGCUGCAUUUCCGAGAGUUCUACACUGCCAGAAUCCGAAGGUCAAGUGACCUCUGCAUCCGCUCUUUCGGAGGUCAGCGAUGAUGGAAAGUCGUGCGCUUCCAGCGAACCCCAGCGCAUUCCGCCGUUUGCUGAGGACGGCACGCCGCAGGAUUUUCACUGGACGACGCAGGCGGUUUCGCAUUCUCGGCGCAGGCGCUUGAUUUUGGAGAAGCACCCGGAAAUUGAGCAGCUGUACGGCUACAGUUUGCUCGAGGGGGUGGUUGGGGUGGCGACGACGCUGCUGAAUUUGUACAUCGGGUUCAAGAUCGUGCAGCUGCAGCUCGGCUGGCCGGCGGUGCUGCUGGCCAUGGCUGUUGUGAGUGGCACCAUCAACCACUCGCUUUUCCUCGCGAUGCACGAGGCUUCGCACAUGUUGGUCUUUCCGAGGCGCUGGAUGAACGACAUCUUUGCCAUCUUCACAAACUUGUCAAUGGGCACGCCCGCUGCCAUCAGCUUCACUCGGUAUCACCUCGACCACCACGUCUACACCGGUGUGGACGUUUUGGAUCCGGACAUUCCUACGGAAAUCGAGGGCAGGCUGUUCACGACGCCUCUUGGCAAGUUCAUCUUUGUACUGCUUUUCCCUUUGACGUACACCCUGAGGCCCAUGCUGCGGUGCCCGAAGAAGCUCUGCUUCAUGGAGGUCAUCAACUGGACCGUCGUCGUCGCGUGGGAUUUGUUCGUGUACAAGACUCUCGGCUGGAAGGGGAUCGCGUACUUUGUCGGCGGUGCCUUCUUCUCCAUGUCUUUCCAUCCGCUGAACGGUCACCUGAUCGCAGAACAUUACCAGUUUCCGGAAGGCGAGAAGCUGCAAGAAACGUACAGCACGUACGGAUGGGAGAACCUCCUCACGUUCAACGCGGGAUACCACCUCGAGCACCACGACUUCCCCCGCGUGCCGGGUUGCCUCCUGCCCAAGGUCCAUCAGAUCGCGAAGGAAUUCUACGACCUUCCGCACCAUACGACCUGGGUCCGCGUCGUGUGGGACUUCAUCAUGAAGAAGGAAGUCAAUCCGUACAGCCGCGUCAAGAGAGUAGCCAUACGCGGAGGAGAAAUUCCGUUCCCUCACCAGCAGUUUGUCGCCGACGAGAAAAAGGAUCUCGGUGCAUACUGGUGCGAAUUCAACAAGACGCAAGCGAAUGAAACCAAGAAAGCAAAGUGA